AUGCAUCAAGAUCCCAAUGAUACUAUGCAGUCAGACAUACCCCCCACGCAGCCCAUCGUGGAACCUGACCCGAAGGAUCCAUCGAAGUCCUCAACACGCACCCCAGAAGCCAUGAAGCAGCCAGCUGAACCCUCAAAACACACCUCAGAAGCGACAGGACGCACUUCAGAAGACAUAAAGCACACUUCACAUCCCGCAAAGCCCACCUCAUCAACGCUAAACGACUCACCCUUCACACCACUGUCAAUGCGAGCCCUCUACUACACCCCAGAUGAAUUUGACACCGACACACUUGACGGAAUCCCAGAAGGAAAAAUCAGCGAAGCUAUCUCACCCGACACAAACAUAAGCGUCGUCCGCCAGAAAGGAACAAACCUCGUCUUCGACGCUGGCUUCCCAACCCCACAGCCCUCCGAUCCGUCUCGCCGGACUACUCAACCCCCAAAGACCACCCCGCAGAUCCCAUUGCACAGUAUCUGCGGGAUGGUCAUCAGCACGCCGCGCGACGAGGACGAGCGGGAAGAAGGCCCGAAGUUCAAAAUCGGCGAUGUAGUCUUCGGUGUGAUGAGCUAUACGCGUGAUGGCGGAGCCGCAGACUAUGCAGUUGCGACUGAGGGCGAGCUAGCGCUGAAACCGGAUAAUAUCACUGUUGCUGGGGCGGCGGCCCUUGCGUUGCCGGCGUUGACGGCUUGGCAGGCGCUUUUUCGGUAUGCCGGGCUUGAUCCCGACGUACCUGGCGGGUUGAAGGGGGGCGAUGAUGAGUUUGGGAAUGGUGGAAAUGGGAUGGGUGGGUGGCUUUGGCAGCGCCAGCGUCGUGAGUCCGUGCUCGGUAGCAAGGAUUAUGGCUACGGGCACCGCAAAAGCACGGUUGCUGGUGCUGGAGGCAGGAACGGCAGUCUGCUAAAUGGUACUACCGGUGGUAGUGUCAGCGGAAAUGGGAACGGGCGUUGGAUUUGGCAGUGGAAUCGCGGCGGUUCCAACCUCAACGGCAAUGCCACCGCCAGCGGCAAUGAUGCUGACAUUGACAACAUCCCUCCCGCUGCUAGAGCGGUCAAUCCCGCUCCCAAUCCUAAGAAUGUGCGUCGCGAGAGCCUGAUCAGUCUCAUUAGCGGUAAUCCCAGUGGCAAGAAAACCAUUCCUCGCGCUGCCAGCACAGUUGACCCCAAUCCCAAGAGUACUGUCCGCCGCAACAGUUUGAUCGGCCUGAUCAAAGGCAACACCGACGCUCCAGCUACUCCCGCUGCCAGCACAGUCGAUCCUACUGCUAAUGCCGAUGCCAACAACAAUACCCGCCGCGGCAGCCUUAUCAACCUAGUCAGCGGCAACUCUAGCCCUGGACGGCGCGGCAGCCUGCUAGGAAGCAUAAUUGGCAGCACGAAUGCAAAUGGCAACGGGAAGCAAAAACUGCCCAAGAUCCGAGUGCUCGUCACCAACGCUCGCGACAAUGAUAUCGGCCGGAUCGCGGUGCAGAUCCUGCGAGCAGAUUCGCUCUUCCCAAUGCCCGUCCGGCCGUGGAUCUGUGUAACCUGCACUCAAGUCGAGGCCGACAUUAUCGAGAAGGACUGGGAAGUUGACGAGAUAAUCAUCAUCCCGCACCUCCCGUCGCCGGACGAGUGUAAUAUUGAGAAAGUGUUCCGCGCACGCCGCUGGCUGCCGGUCGAUAUCGUGCUUGACUGUGCCGGCGGCUCAGUAUUCCGGGCGGCUCAUGCAGCCGGUGUGGUUAAGGAUUACGGGGCUGUGUUGACUGUUGUGGAUGGUCAGGUUGCGUUGCAGUCUCCGCUUGUUCCUGAGAAGGAUGUGCUGGGCGAGAAGAAGCGCGGAAUUAGGAGCCGGUUUGUGCCUGUUAAUCCCGAUGCGCCGGCUAUGGAGCGGAUUGCGGAGUUGGUGGAGGAGAGUCUGCUCUGUGGUAGAGAGAUUACUACUGUUGAUCUUGCGCGCGCGGCAGAUCUUUUGGCUGCUGGAGCUGCUGGGACGGCAGGGAGUCGGCGCGGUGGGAUGGUGGUUGUAAGGGUUAAUAGUGUUGCCUGUACUUAG